AUGAGUUUCAGAGAAGAAAGCGGCGAUGGAAGGGAAAUUCAGAAACCGUUUCUUCAUACGGGAAGUUGGUAUAAAAUGGGUUCCAGACAAUCGAGCGUCGCGGGGUCCUCGACUACACAGGUUUUGCGAGAUGGUUCUGUUUCUGUUCUCUUCUGUGUCCUUGUCGCUGCUUUGGGUCCCAUUCAAUUCGGUUUCACGUGUGGGUAUUCUUCUCCCACGCAACAAGCUAUAAUCAAAGAUCUAAAUCUCUCGGUUUCGGAGUUUUCUCUGUUUGGAUCUUUAUCCAAUGUGGGUGCUAUGGUGGGAGCUAUAGCCAGCGGUCAGAUAGCAGAAUACGUUGGACGCAAAGGGUCAUUGAUGAUUGCUUCAAUUCCCAAUAUAAUAGGGUGGCUCGCCAUUUCAUUUGCCAAAGACUCUUCCUUUUUGUUUAUGGGGAGGUUAUUGGAAGGUUUUGGUGUUGGGAUUAUUUCUUAUGUGGUGCCUGUUUAUAUAGCUGAGAUAGCACCUGAGAACAUGAGAGGUAGCCUUGGAUCAGUGAACCAGCUCUCUGUUACAAUUGGAAUAAUGCUGGCUUAUCUGUUAGGCCUUUUUGCCAACUGGAGAGUGCUUGCAAUCCUAGGAAUUUUGCCUUGUACAAUACUAAUACCUGGAUUAUUUUUCAUACCAGAAUCUCCUAGAUGGUUGGCCAAGAUGGGGAUGAUGGAUGAGUUCGAGACUUCGUUGCAAGUGUUGAGAGGAUUUGACACAGAUAUAUCUGUUGAAGUACAUGAAAUUAAGAGAGCUGUGGCAUCAACUGGAAAAAGAGUUACAAUCCGAUUUGCAGACCUCAAGAGGAAAAGAUAUUGGUUCCCUUUAUCGAUAGGAAUUGGAUUACUUGUACUUCAACAAUUGAGUGGUAUCAAUGGAGUUUUGUUCUAUUCAACUAGCAUCUUUGCAAAUGCAGGAAUCUCAUCCAGCAAUGUUGCUACCGUUGGACUUGGAGCUAUUCAGGUCAUAGCUACUGGAAUAGCUACUUGGCUGGUGGACAAAAGUGGGCGGAGGCUGCUCCUAAUAAUAUCCUCGUCUUUAAUGACAGCUAGUCUUCUCGUUGUUUCUAUAGCAUUCUAUCUGGAGGAAGUUGUAUCAAAGGAUUCACAUUAUUUCAGCAUUUUGGGAAUAAUAUCCGUUGUUGGCCUUGUGGUUAUGGUAAUUGGGUUCUCUCUAGGACUUGGACCAAUCCCUUGGCUUAUAAUGUCUGAGAUACUUCCAGUGAAUAUAAAGGGCCUUGCUGGAAGUACAGCAACCAUGGCUAAUUGGCUAGUUUCGUGGAUCAUCACAAUGACUGCAAACUUGCUUUUGACUUGGAGCAGUGGAGCGACAUUCACAAUCUACACAGUGGUAGCUGCUUUUACUGUUGUAUUUACGGCGCUAUGGGUGCCUGAGACCAAGGGAAGAACAUUGGAAGAAAUUCAGUUUUCCUUAAGAUAG